AGACAGCAACUCGUCCAUAUCCACUGAAUUUCAGGCAAUUCAAAAGUGAAUUAAUGAGAUUACAAUGUCGGGAUUAGUGCUAUUUACGGAUAAUAUAUUUUACAUUACCAAAAUUAACGAUAUCUCCUUGAAGGGGAAGACAUGUUCGGUGAAAUAUCGAGAUAAAAAAAAGUACGCGGCUCGUGUGCUAGCAAUUUCCAAUGAUGACACAGUUUUGGAGAACCUUAAAUUGAAUUUCGAGGGAAAAAUUCAGAAAGUGAAGGAAAUCUGGAAGUGCGUAAAUCUAAUGGAAAACACAUACGUGAAAGCUUGUAAAGAAAUCACGAACACUAAAGAUGACACUGUCUUAUUUGUGGAUAAAACGAUUUUGUCUGAAAACUACGAGAGUGUAUGCACUCAAGCAUUUCUCUCGAGUGUUUUUGAAGGAGUAGAUGAUUUUUUCGCUAAAUCAUCACAUUUUCUGAAACUGACAAAGAUUCAAUCGAACAACGAGCAGAAUGAUAAUGCAUCGAAGCCGAAGAGUCAAAAAAGAAAAAAUUCACCAACAAGUAGAGAACUCAAGAUGAACACCAAGCGUCUCAAAGACGAUCAUCGAUCCAGUAUUGUGAAUUCCGAAGAAGGAGUCCCACACAACCUGAUGGAUUGGAGUAACAAGUCAAAGCCGAAGAUCGCCCGAAAAAGAAAAAAAUCACCAAAAAGUGGAGAAUUCGAUAUGAACGCUAAACGUACCAAAGAUGAUCAGGGAUUUAAUUCUGUACAUCACAAAGAAGAAGCCCCAUACAACUUGAUGGGUUGUAGUGUAAAAUUGAAUUCACGAGUGUCACAGUCUCAAUGCAGUAUUGAGGAAAUACCACCACGGCUGGAAGACGAAAUAUUGGAUAAUACAUGCGCAGUGGAUUUGUGUUCAGAAAUCAAACAAUUGAAUUCCAAGAACUGUAGGAGACGUUUAAAUUUUUCUGGACCAGCAUUUGAUCCAUCAAACCAGGAGACGAGGAAUGAAGAGAAAUUGACAAUGUCACAAGCAGGCUCUUCACAUCCUGAGCAAACAUCUCCUAUUGCAGUUCCACUCAAAAUUUUCUGUGGAGACCAGACUGAAAACUUGGAGCAAAAAAAGCAAAUUUCAGGCAUUCAAGAAACACUUUCUACUGCUGUCUUAUCCGAAAGUCAUUCUGUUGGCUUUAACAAUCAUUCCAAGCCAGUACAACAGUCGUCAGGUACUAGCACAAUGCCAUUUAUGACGAACGAGAAUCAGAAAAGCUGCAGAAAACGAUUGGAUUUUAAUGGACAGUAUUGUGGUGCAUCAACUGUCAUUCAAUUACCUCUUGAUGUAACUGCUGAGGGUAGUGAAUUAGGAAGAUCAAAGUGUGAUGAAAAACUUCAAAUUACUAAAGUACAAGUUUCAGCCUCAGAUAACGUAUCUCCUGUCACAAUUCUACCCAACAGUUCCUCUAAAAAUCCGAUUGAUGACACUGCUCUGGAAGAGCGAACUUCACCUGUUGAGAAAGAAACUUCUGCGGAUGUUGUACUUCAGGAUUCUUCCUAUGGACGCUGCACUGAUUUGGAGCUGGCGGAGUCAGUAGACAAAAGUCAGCAUAUCCUCAGCGAGACAUUCACUGUUGAAUUGAAUGAUGCGGCUCGCUCUGAUGCAGUGGAAUUGAACCCCGAUAAUUUUCAAGCUGGCGCAGGUCUUCCAGAAAUUAUUUCUAAUCACAGUACUAGCCAUGAGCCCAAUAGCACUCUCGAGUCAGAUGUAAGUGUAGAGAAAAAUGUAAAAAUUAAUUCUAAGAUAAAAUUGGAAGCGACUACAGAGCAUUCCGUCGAUGAUACGAACGAUCGCACCAGUCAACCAGUUAGAAUGAGUCUGAGUGAUUUUUCAUAUCAAGUGGGGAAUCAUGAUGAUAAAUUAAUCGAGAAGAAUGAAGAGACGACAAUCGUUGCAGAAUUGGACCUAGAUGAAAACAAGACGAAAUUACUGGAAAAUUUACGAGAUCCAUCCAGAGUAGGAAAUAUACCGGGAAAGGAAAAAGAAGAUGUCUGUAAGCCAGUUGAUGCGAACGAUUGUACCAGUUUGCGAGGGGGAACCAGUCCAACUGAUUUUCCGUCUCAAGUGGGAAACCACGAUGAAAAAUUCAUUGAAGAGAAUGAAGAUACGACGAUCAUUCCAGACUCAGACUGCGAUGAAAACGAUACUGAGUUGCUGAAAAAUCUGCGAGUCCCAUUCAUAGCAGAAAAUCUAUCGGUAAAGAAGGAAAAAGAUGUUUAUGAGCCACUUGACCAUAAUUUCAACGAAAAAACCUCGACAAUACCUGCAAGAAACAGCACUUUUGAUGAGCUACUCUGUAAGAAAUUUGUGGCACAGAAUGUAACUGUCACGGAAUCGUUUCUUGAAGAUUUACUCCAUGAUUAUGGGCCUCAGUCAGCUCCUAGUGAAGUGGAAGAUUGUGGAGGAGUAGUAACUGAACAAUCAAGGAACAACGUCGAAGUUGACAGUAUGAGGGUCGAUGGAAAUAUUCCGAAAUAUCACAACAGUAAUAAAACACCUUGCGGUUCGCUGAAAAAAUCAGUGAAAACAAAAGGUGUGCCAAAGCUCACCCAGAUUGAGGUUGUUGAGCGUCCGUAUUACAUAUUCAGAAAAACAGAGCAAUGUGUACAGGGUAAUCGUCGCGAAGAAUGUUCCAGGGCUCAUCAUCGUGAAAUACCUGAUGAAAGUGUUAAUAAUGGUCAAAAUGACGACAAUCCUGGAGUGUUUGGUAGGCCCCGAUUCCAUUCCACCAUGUGCGAUUCAAGAGAUGAAGCCACUGAAACAAUACAUUCUCGAGAUGAAGAAAUUACCGAAGAUGGCGAUGAAGAAAUUUCUGAAGAUGGCGAUAGUUCCGAUAAUUACAAUCCAGAAGAAGACAACAAUCAAGAACCAGAUUCAGAUGAAUACACGACAGAGGAAGAACUAGAAAAAGAAUCCCACCCUCCUGAGCCACUCAAUAUAACACAUCAAGGGAAUCCACCUAUCUCUGCUCCAGAUGAUAGAGACUUGCACGUAGAUGUGUCAUCGUCUGGGACAAAAAAACAUUUUUGUCUCUACUGCCAUAAAUUCCAAACGAAAUUGGCAAGACACUUGACUUUGGUUCAUGCAGAUCAGGAGGAUGUGAAAAAAUUUAUGGUCUUACCACCAGGAACACGAGAACGACAGGAAAUUAUCUCUGUUAUCAGAAAAAAUGGUGAUUUCGUAUUUAAUUCUGACAGACGCUUCAACGAUGGCUCCUUGAUCGUUUGUAGACGACCAACCCCAAAGAUGAGAAAGACGGCAGAAGAUUUCACCGUUUGUGCUAACUGCAAGGGUCAGUACUCAAAAUCUGUUGUACGACAUCAUUUUCGUGAGUGUGCUAAACAUGAUGGGAAGAAUCAGCGGAUUGUAUUGGUAAAGGGAAAGAAAAUUGCUGCUCGAGUGCACUCCCGAGCGAGCGUCGAUGUUCGAAACAAAAUUUUUCCAUAUUUGAGAGAAGAUGAGGUCGUUAAGAGUAUACGAUACGAUGAACUGGUUACCUUGUAUGCGAAUAAAAUGUGCGAGAAGCAUGGAACUCAUCAGCAUCUUUUCCAGAUGAUUCGAGCUAAAUUGCGUCUUUUGGGUCGAUUUCUCAUUGCAAUACGAAAGAUUGAGAACCGUAUUGAAAAUUUCAGUGACGUUUAUCAACCAAGAUUUUAUGAUGCAGCUGUGGACGCUGUUCGAGUGGUAGCAAAAUUUGACCCUGAGAAGAAAAUCUUCGACGCUCCAGCAGUUGCUGCAGGAUAUGGCACACUUUUAAAGAAGGUCGGUGAGAUUCUACGCUCUGAAUGUAUAAAAAAAGAGCGGGUGGACGAGCAAAAACGACUUGAAGAUUUUUUGAAAUUGCUUGAGGAGGAUUACGGUACGAGCAUUAACCGUGCAGUAACCGAAACACAAACGCAAAACAAUCGCAGAAAAGAAGUGAUACUCCCGACUACGGAUGAUAUCAAGAAGCUGUUUGCUUAUGUAACAACAGAGCGCAAAGCGCAUUUCGAGCAACUUUCGAAGAAAUUUUCGUACACUAGCUGGGAAGACCUUUCGAAAAUGACGCUGCUGUCGCUCCAAAUUUUCAAUCGUCGUCGAUCGGGAGAAGUCGAGCGAUUGUAUCUUGAGGACUUCAAAAGUUAUCGUGGUCUCGAUUAUGCUAAAGACAGAGGAACAUACAAUGGUCUAAGUGAGGAAGGGAAAAAGUUGGCCAGGAAGUACGUGAGGUUUGAGAUCCGGGGUAAACUCAAUCGAGGCGUUCCGGUGUUACUUGAUUCUGAUAUGUUGGACUGCUUGAACCUCUUGAUUGCCCACAGAAAGGAUGCAAGAGUUCCAGAGAGCAAUUCAUAUUUAUUUGGAUUGCCUUCGACCGAUAAAGAUCGCCAUCGUCAUCUUCAGGCAUGUGAUUUAAUGCGUGAGUAUUCUGUGAAAUGUGGAGCCCAAAUGCCCGAGACACUGCGUGGAACGACAUUGAGGAAACAUAUCGCAACAAGAUGCAUUAACUUGAACUUGACAGACGGUCAGGUGGCAGAUUUGGCAAAUUUCAUGGGCCAUGCUGAAAAGAUCCAUAAGGAUAUUUAUAGGCAACCUGUUCUAGAAACCGACAUCGUCAAAAUCUCGAAAAUAUUGAAUGCAGCACAAGGUCUAGAUAUCUCGGAUAAUGAGUCAGAUGACGAAGUUGAAAAUGAGCACAGUAUCCCACGUAGAACAUAUAAUCGAAGGAGUGAUCACACAGAAGGGGAUUACGCCGAUGAAUCGAAUUCUUUCGGGGGCAGAACAGAUGGGAAUUCAUAUGAGGUGAACACACGUACUUCGAGAGCAAAACAUCAAUGGUCUAGUGAGGAAAAGAACACUGUUUUGUCAGCCUUCGCAAACCAAUUAGAAGCUGGAAAAGUUCCAUCCGGGAAAGAUAUGCAGCAGUUUAUUGAUUCGAAUAUUUGUAUGAGAGGACGAACCGUCCCACAACUCAGGACAUGGCUGCAUACCCAAAAGAAGAAAAUCUCUAAGACUUAAGUAUGUUCAGUAGUAAUUUUUCCUUUUUGAAAAUAGUUCUCGAUCUUAUUGCUCAUUUUUUGACAAGAUAUCUUGUUUUAUUCUAUAUUCCUAUGCGUACAAAAAUUUAUUCUGACUCCCAUAACAAAAAAUGAAGAAAAUUUCCAGGUAAACUAUUUUCUUCAUUUUAUAUCAUCCAUGGUUGACUCGAAAUGGUACCGAGCCCAGGGUCAUGAAAGUGAUUGCAAAAACUAGAAGAUAUCAGCGAGAAAAAUACGGAAAUCAUAACUACUCAUUAGCGAAAAGCUUCAAUCUCAUUCUUUAAAGAAUGUCCUCAAAACAAACAUAUAACCAGUAUCCCCAUAUCCUCCAGACCAUGGAUCGUCGAGUCCCCGAACCCACCAGAAUACAUUAAUUUUCCUCAUAGUACCCUUUAAACUAUUUCAGUCAGGUAUGCAGCUAUAUACAACUCAGAAGUAUAUAAUAGUCUAGUUAUUCUCAUAUGAUCUCACCUCAAUGUGAUAAUUGGCUUCGUGAUAACCACUGAUUAUAAUUCGUAUAUGGUGAGCCCGAGGACAACUUUUAUGCUUUUAGUUUUCAUUUUUUACUACGCUUAAUAUAUGUUUAUGUUGACAUUCGUUCAUUAAGUAAGAAAAUACUCCUUCAUUUCAUAUUUGUACGAAAAUUAUGUUCGUAUUCACCAGAUAAAAUAAAUAGAAAUUUCACGCAAAUCACAGUAUUUUUCAUUUUAUAUCUUGUUUGAUCGAUACGCAAUAUGUAACACCCGAAGGCCAUGGUCAUGAAAUUAAUUGCAAAAAUUCAAGUAAUGCAUGUUAAAAUGAUAAUCAAAUUAUGAAAUAAAUUUUUUUCAAGUUUCCAAUUUUACUCUAUAAAAAUCAUAAUUAUAGAAUAAUUAAAUGAUAUCGAAAAACUUUCAAAAGUUUGUAAUCUGUCCUCAUAAUAGACAUAAAGAAGGCGUCCUCAUACUAAUCAUUGCAUGUAUUUCCUGGUCCUCAAAGCCACCGUAACAUGCUCAAUAUCUUCAUAGUAACUACUAGAUCAUGAUUAGCAGAAGGAGGGGAAUAUACUACGUUAGUAUCGCUGUUGAAGAUCAUUUCGAAAAUGAGAAUGGCAUAGAUGCAUUUGCAUUGGAUUCUUUUGAUGAUGCAUUAAAUAUCUGCAUUUGACGAUUGUGAUUUUGUGCUCAACGAUAGUCUAAAAAAGGACCUGCAGGAGAUGACCUUUGACAACUAGAAAACGCUCUAUGGUCGCCUAAAAUAUAAUGAUUUUGCAUCAUAUUUUUUAAUUCACCAAUUCAGCAUUCAUCCGAGCAGUACCUGUGCCAAAUUAAAUAUAUUGAAUCGUACGCACUCCGUGUGAAAGUGGUAUGGUCCCGUAGUUAAAUAUACCAUGAGAAAAUCGAUAAUAAUAACUCUCUUAUCAAAAAGUUAACGACUAUGAUUCCCUGAUAACAAAAAAAGUGAUGUAUGCACAUUCAAAUUUCUCGUAUUACCUCUCAUCGUUAUUCAUAUAUGUCUGUCGUACCUUUAGUGCGAUGUAAUACUUUAUCGCAGAGAAUUUUUUUAACUGUCUUCGAAUCAGUCAAUCGAUACAAAUUGGAAGUCUCCAUACUCAUAAUUAAAUAGAUGUCCUCAUAGUACUCGAAUCGUGAUUUAUACGUCCCCAUAGUACCCGUCCAACUGUUUCGCUCUGGUGUCCUCAUAGUUGGCAUUAUUAUUAUUUGUCCCAUGCUUUACAUAUAAUGAUUGUUCAUAAAUAAAGAUCAAGGAAAUCAAUGAAAACUGCUGAUUAUUAUCUAUAAAAAUCAUAAUUAUAGAAUAAUUAAAUGAUAUCGAAAAACUUUCAAAAGUUUGUAAUCUGUCCUCAUAAUAGACAGAAAGAAGGCGUCCUCAUACUAAUCAUUGCAUGUAUUUCCUGGUCCUCAAAGCCACCGUAACAUGGUCAAUAUCUUCAUAGUAACUACUAGAUCAUGAUUAGCAGAAGGAGGGGAAUAUACUACGU